UAUAAGAAAGCUUUGAAUCUGUGUUGUGCGCAGAAAAAAGAACCCUGUUUGUUCUUUAACACAGGAAUUCCCACAUCUUCUCUCCUUGGUUUCGUUCCCUCCAUCUCUUUGUAACAGUCGUAUUGGGUCGCAGCAAAUUUUAUUUUGUACACACUGCAAAAUACAUAUACGUAUAUAUAUAUAAAUAAAGUGGUACGUAUACACGAAAAACUCGGCCUAUUUUCGGUUGUUACAGAGAAAUAGUAGACUAUACUUUGGAAUAUCCUUUGAAAAAUCCAAACAAUCAAUCAUGGGAUUCCUACACAAGCUUUGGGACGAAACACUCGCCGGACCUGCCCCCGAUGCCGGCCUCGGCAAGCUCCGCAAGUACGAUUCCUUCUCCGCAACUCGGUCUCCUUCUAUGGCUCUUGAGGACGUUCCCGUUACUCGAAGCAUUACGCUUCUCAGGACCAGGUCCAACACCGUUGCUGGCUUAUCGGUUGACGUUCCUUGUUCUGUACCCGAAUCUCCGGCUACGUCCACCACUCCGACAACUCCGCUCACUCCGGAAACGCCAGCAGAAGGAUAUUUCAAGAAAUUUACGAGGAGAAAAUCGCCAGCUGCGGAGUUCGAUCGCGCUGAAUCUACAAGUCUGACUAUUUACGAUUGGGUAGUGAUUAACGCUUUGGAUUGUUAAGAGAGAGGAAGUGACGAUUUUGCUUGAAGAAUAAUCAUAUACAUAUAUAUAUAUCGGCAACGCCACAGUAUACAUUGUACAUAGAGGAACUUUGUGAAUAUAAAUAUCUUAUUAUAAGUAA